AUGGGCGACGAGCUGUCCAAUCCAGUGCAGGUGACAGAAGAGGCAUGGGAAGUCGAGCGUGCAGCUGUCGCUGCAGGCACCAACAGCUCCUGGCAGAAGCCAUUCCUGCCCACGGAGCCGGAGCACCAGCAAUGUUGGAUGGAUGCAGGCUUGCAAGUACGGCACCCACUUCUGGACCCCCAGCGCUUCGGAAGAAGCACAACAAAGCCGGGCCCUCCCAUGAAGUCGCUGAGACUCUGGAGACCAAAAGGUACGUGGCAGCUAGAAGUGAACCUCGAUGAGACGGACGGCGAAGGCUGGGUGUAUGCUCCGAUCUGGGGUUCCACGGACUGGCAGCUCGAACCGCGCGUUUUCAUCGACGUCGUCCGAAAGCGCAAGUGGACUUUGACCUACAAGCUCAAUUUCCUUGCCAAGGAGACAUUCUUGCCGACUGCGGCAUCCAUCGGCCUGCCACCUCGAACGGCAUCCGUACUGGGAAGUCCGUCAUCAAGGUCACCAUGGUCACCCUUCAAGUCAUCCAGGCCUGAGCCUGAGACACCUUCUUCGGAUGCCGGCACGACAGGCGGCGCGCGCUUGGACGGCACGCGUUUGGACCCACUGUUGCAAAGCAUUUCCUCGCAGUCCAGUAUGGGGAGGCCGUCCGAUGUGAGCUUGGCCGCACCUGCCCGAGCCAAAGGUGCUGUCCCGGGAGGCUCCAAUGCCGAGUCGCGGCGGCAAAGCUUCUCCUCCCAACCUGGUGGGUACAGGCCAGUUGAUGCGAGCUUGGCUACACCUGCCAGAGCGCAAGGUGUUCCGCAAGCAGGCUCCAACCCCGAGUCGCGACGGCAAAGCUUCUCCUCGCAACCUGGGGGAUCCAUGCGUGCCUGGCCUGCGGCAGCAUCCAGUCCCGGUCCAGUUGGCCCUGUCCGUCCGAUGCUGCAGAUCCCGUCCAAGCAGCCGGCCAAGCCAGCUGCGCUGCCUCUGACGCAGCUCCGGGCACCUGCAGGCUCGAGCCCCUCGUCGACUUCCAAUCCUGGCAGGCCAGCCACAGUGCCUCCCGCGCCAGCACGGCCACUUCCAGGCCAACUGCCGCCAAGCACGUCCCCACAGUCUAGCAUAAGGUCAUCCAGGCACUCCACGGUGGGUGCAGUGGCACGGCAAGCACCAGGGUCUCAGACGUACCCAGUGCGGCCGAGCACGGCGUCCCUUUCCGCGACGCCUGCGCAGUCUUUCGCGCAGCCAGGCUUCCGGAUGACAUCGUUGCAGAGCUUGUCUCCACAGUCCAGCAUUCACUCGGCUAGGCCUUCUGCGCAUUGGGUCCAGCAGCCGCGUGGGCCGGGGGACCCUCUGCUGGGCAGCCGCUCAUCCCACGGGAGCGUGCAGUCAGCCAGGCCCGUCCUGCAGCCUGCCAUCUACGGGUCCAGUCGAUACCAGCCGGCACCUUUGAAGUCGUCGGCACGACCCCAAGUGGUCCAGGUCUCUUCACGACGAAGAUGA